UUUUUUUACACGAAAAACGAAAUUCGAAUUUAGUUUCUGUAUACGGUGGAUGGUGGAUAGGAUACGUUUAGAUGAAAAAAUAAUAAUUUUUUUGUUUCUUUAACUUCGGUUUUCGCGGCAUCUUGUUUCCUGUAGAUAUUCGAGAGGGUUUUUUUUAGUUCUUUUAAAGGUUUUUUUUUUUUUUUUUUUUUUUUUUUUUUUUGCCGAGAAGCGAGAAAAUGUAUUACACUGAAUACAAUUUGCGUCAGCUGCUGGAAAUAGCUCUUCGUGUUCCAGAAGUUGGAGCAGUUAAUUUCAAUAUUUUAUAUACAAUUCUCAAAGCAAUUAUUCAAAAACAAGGUCUGGAAGGGGUGAAGCCAUAUUUUAGUAUCGAUGUACCCUUACCAGCGCAUAUUGCAGGUUUAAAAUCUAAAUUAAACGCUGCGUAUAUUAAACGCUCAUAUUCCGAUGAAUCUCUACAGCCUGCUGAUUCAUACCGCAGUGAUGAUAUAAGUAACGUAGAUAAAGAAGAUAGAGAUCCAGAAGAGAUGCUUAACAUUUAUAAAAAAGAAGAAGCUGUUAGAUGGCAGAUUCUGAAACUGGUUAAAAGAAUGGGAACUAUUGAAGAUGAAAUAACUGAGUUGCAUGUGCUGAUUUCUCAAAUGGUGGAUGAGCUAGCAGAUAUGAAAAGAAUUACUACUUUGCAAGAUUCAUCCUUUACCACCCAGAUUAAUGAGCUGAGGGAGAAAUUGACAGCUGAAGAAAGUACCAAAAAAAACGUGGAAGAUAUAAUUCCAGAAAUAGAAGAUCAAUUUGUAUCAUCUCUAUCUCCUGUGGUUCAGGAGUUUCAUAAGAAGCUGGCAGAAAAUUAUUCUGAAGGUAAUGUUUUAAAGGAAAAAGUAGAGCAAGUUAGUUUGGAUUUAGACACUAUUCAUGAAAAUGUGAAGAAUUUGGAUGACAAAAUUGGUACAGAAGUGGAACUGAAAAUAAAAGAGAAUGUGCAAGAACUGGUUUCAAAAGAAAUAGAUCUUGGAUUAAAAAGUGUUAUUUCUGAUGUAGAAGCACUGAGGGUAAAGCAUGCACAAUUAGAUGAAACUUUUAAAAAAUAUGUGUCCGAUUCUGCAUUCAUGAAGUUUACAGUUUUGACGAUCUUCAUGUCGAUGGAAUACUUGCCGCCCGGAUUCGAAAAGGACAGUUUUGACACUUUGACUCUUAAACACGAGGAAUUAAUUGAACAAAUUCAAGACAUUGAGAAAGUAGAUACUCAAGGUCCAGAAACUGAUACUUUACUUCGAAGGUUAGAGGAACUUGAGGAGUGUGUAUAUUCUGGAUCCAAAUAUCAAACUGAAAUGGAGGGACUAGCUGGAAUGCUUUCAAGAUUUGAAUUCAAAUCUGAAAGUGAAGAAAUCCUCCCACGUAUUUUUGACAAAGAUGAGUCUGAAGAGCAAACAGGUACGAUUCCAGGAAAAGUGAAAGCUGAUGCUUCUAAGAAACAUGCUGCUGCUGAACUAAGUGAAAUUAGUGAAAUGAAACCUGCAGUGAAAACAGCCAUGGAAAUGUUUUUUAAAAAGAAGAAAAAACCUGAAGAGGAUGAAAGAGAAUCCAAAGGCAUGAAAAAGACUGUAAAAGUUAAAGAAAAGAAAGAUGCUGAUAAACAGGCUCUGAAAGAUAAAGAAAAGAAAGAUUCUGAUGAGCAGGCUUUAAAGGUUAAAGAAAGGAAAUAUGAUGAUAAGCAAGCUGGGAAAAUUAAAGAAAAGAAAGAAACUGAUAAGCAGGCUGGGAAAAUUAAAGAAAAGAAAGAAACUGAUAAGCAAGCUGAGAAAAUUAAAUUAAAGAAAGAAGCCGAUAAAGAAGCUAUGGAAAUUAAAGGAAAGAAAGAUACCGACAAGCAGGUUGUGGAAUUCAAAGAGGAAAAAAUUGCCGAUAAGCAGAAAGAAGCUGUAGAACUAAAACAAGAUGAAGAAAUUGAUGAAUAUGAUGAAAUUAAAGUGCAUGACUUAAAGAAGGAGGAUGAAAUUACAAAAGCAGAGGAGAAGUCUAAGGAAAUUUCCAAACGUAAAUUUCAGAAAGCUCUUAAGAAAGUUGGAACUGUAAAACGUAUGCACAGACUUGGAGAAAAGGAAGAAGGAAAAGAAGAACUGGAAGGUGACCAAAAAGAAGAACUUGAAGGUACAGAGGAAGAAGAAUUUGAAGAUGUAGAAGAGGAAGAAGAUGAGGAUGUGGGAGAGAUUAAGGAUUAUGAAGGUUCUGAGGAAGAAUCUGAAACUGUGGAAGUCAAAGACGAUGAAUACAUUUCAACAUCUCAAGAAGAUUUAGAUGAUGAUGAGCAUUUAUAUGGUCUUGAAAAAGCCAAAGUAAAGUUCAAAACUGCUGUACAUGGUGUUAAUUUGAUUGGUAGUUUAGACAAGAAGAAACGUAAAGGUAAGAUAGAAGAAGAUGAAGAGCAAGAAACUGAACAAUAUGAAGAGAAAAGUACUCAAGAGCUAUUUGAUGAAAUAAAGUUUGAAAACUCGGGAGGGCGUUCUUAUCCAUGA